CACGCCGUGUGACGAAGGGGGGGGGGCAAAAAUAGUCCACAAGGAGAAGCACAUUAAAUGAGACUACAAAUUUGAUGAAUUCACAAGCGACACAUUAGGGGGCCAUCCACUUAGUACGUACGCAUGGAGGGGGGAGUGGGGGGGGUUAACCCAAAUGCGUACCCUUGCGUAUGGGGGGUCUACUGACAAUGUGCGUACACAUAGGUAACGAAGGGAGGAGGUGAAGCCUCGAUAAUAAUUUGUCUACAUUGGCCUUCAAAUGAGCCACAGUUCAGUGUCUUCAGCUGUCACACAACAAGUACUAGCGGGAGAAGCGGGCCUGUGGGAGAGGUGCCACACUUUGUGUACCACCUGACUGCUCCGCUAUCUAUCACGCAGCUCAGCAAAAUAAGUGGCUAAGGUACACAACUUAAUUCUUUAAUACAGCCGGCGGUGGACUAUCUGUUUGCUUAAACGCGUUAAUGUUAUUAAUCCUUGAUCGUUGCUGCGUGGAUUAAUCAUCGGCCGUUCUAUCGGAUUCGGGUGGAGGGGGGUGCGUCAGGCGUACGUACGCAGGUUGGAGGGGGGGUGUAAAAAGUACGCGUGGGUACAGGUAGGGGGGGAGGGGCUAAGUUUUGACAGAUUUGUGCGUACGUGUUAAAUAGAAAGACCCAUAUUUGUCAAAUUAAAUAUAAGCGAGGUAAAUGCAAUUGUUAUUACCUGAUCCAAAGCCUGGAUUUCCUUAAAUCCCCCCCUCCCGCUCUCAACUGCCGAAUGGACGCGUCUACUCGCCUGGCUCCGCCCACUCGCCUAGCUCCGCCCACUCGCCUGGCUCCGCCCACUCGCCGGUAGUGACGUCACACACAUCGAGGCGGUCUGGUGAGGUUGACGCUCCACGUUUAAGCUCCCGACAACAACGCUAAGUUUUAGCUCCAGGAUAUUCACUGAGCUCCACUUACUACAGCUGCUUCGCCAUGGAGUUCAAGUUCUUCAAACUGCUCCUGCCGCUACUGCUGCUGCUUCUUGCGGGGUUCCAUCCUUCGGCUGCAAAGCCCGUGAUGUCCAAAAACAGCAUCAGUGCGCCCGAGGGAGUGGAGCCGGCGAUGGGAAUGUCCGGCUGGAUCCAGCGGAUGCGCGGCGUGAAAAUGACGACAGCUCCCCCUCGGACCAGCGCGACUGCAACCCCUCAAGCACCCGACAUUGUCCACAAAUCUUCAGUCUACAAGACGGUUACGUUGUCCGUCCUAAGUUCCAUUGGGCUGAUCACCCUGUGUGUUGGUGCAAGGCUUCUAUACUGGCGUUACGUGAGCCUUUCAGCACAGCCUGCAGAUGAUGGUGGCGAAGCCAAUGUCAUGAACAGUGAUGAAGAAGACGCGCCACCAUCACUCUGGAGCGAUAUCUCACGAGUCCUCACGGCAAUUCGCCAAUACAUAAUGCCGCGGCCAAGGGCCGUGGAUGAAGAAGGUGAAGACGUUGCACCAGGCGGGUGGUUUAUGGAGAUUCUAACUACCUUGGUGCAAAGCUUGAAGCCUGAGCCAGGGACCAGCAGCAGCACAGAUGGCAAUGGUGAUGCCCACAAAAAGUCGCACCAUAAGGCGAAGAACCUGAAGACAGGCAAAAAGAAGGAAAAGUUCAAGAAAUUCCUGGCAAAUAAGAGAACACAAGUGAAGAAACUGCACAGCAAAUUCAAGGCGACUUUCAAGAAGAAAAUGCCAAAAUUAAAAUUUAGGAGGAAGCGCAAAUAGUCAUGGACAGUGACUACCCUUCCUUGACAACCCCUCCCCGCUCCUCCUCUUCACUCCGAACAUUUAUGAAUUAACAUGAUCACAUCUCUCGUCAUAUCGCAUUGCCUGCUCCCUACUUCAACCCUUCACAAAGUUAAUGAUUCCUCGUUUAGCCCAAAACAGAUUGUUUGGGCAAGGCCGGCAUAGUGGUCACGCCCGGCUGCCUUUGUUUCCCGAGUGACGAUCUUUUUGCAUUCACCAUGUCCUCAUUUGAGUUUGAGCCACAUGGCUGCCAAGGCAUCGGCAGCCCCGGGACAUCGGGGCUUUGUGCGGUCCGAAGGAUGGAAGGUCGAGCUCCGGGCCGGGGGAGUCUUCACCAUAUCAGCAUGCCGGGCACGGAGGGAAGCUUCGCGUCCGUGGAAAGCAAGCCAGGCCCAGGCUGCGGUUUCUUCCUUGUCGCGGGUCCCUGCCGGGACUCCACUGCUGCACUGCGUGGACAUUGCGGAACUCGUCGGUGGUUCGGGGGACUCCAUCGCCGUGGGCCCCUUCUCCCUCCUGGCUCCAGCCCCUCGCCCCGCCCCCCUUUGUCUUUCCAAUGCAAUUUUGGCCGACUACCUUUCAAUGUAUAUUUUCAAAUUAUUGUUAUGCUAGGUACAAUUGUAUAAUUGCUGUACAGCGCCUUGUUAAAGGCACUAUGUAAAUAUCAUUAAGAUAAGAUGCACACUUGCGCAAAUGCUGAUAUACA